AUGAGGAAAAUCAAGUCUCGUACCUGGAAGAAGCAGCGUUACUUCAAACUGCAGGAUGACUACAUGACCAUCUGGUACAAGUCCAAGAAGGCUGGCAACACCCACUCCACUUUUGCCGUGAGUGAUGUGGAGGCAAUACGAGAGGGCCACCAGUCUGAGGUGCUGCUCAGCAUCGCAGAUGAGUUCCCAGCUGAACGAUGCUUCACACUGGUCUUCCGCGGUCGCAGGGCCAACCUGGACCUGGUGGCCGAGUCAGCUGAGGAAGCACAGUCCUGGAUCAGGGGCAUGAGAAAGCUGAUUGAGAACCUGGAGAACAUGGGGGAGCGAGAGAGGCUUGACCAAUGGAUUGGUGACUGGUUCAAGAAGGCAGACAAGAACAAUGAUGGCAGGAUGAACUUCAAGGAAGUGCAAGAUCUACUGAAGAUGAUGAAUGUGGACAUGAACGAGCACCAUGCUCAUCGUCUCUUCACAAUGGCGGAUAAAUCCCAGUCGGGCACCCUUGAAGAUGAUGAGUUUGUGCUCUUCUACAAGAUGUUGACCCAACGGGAGGAUGUACUGAGGGUUUUCCAGGAGUACUCAGUUGAUGGUCAGAAGCUAUCCCAAAGCGAUUUGGAGGACUUCUUGAGAGAGGAGCAGCUGGAGGGGGAUAAUGUCCAGCAGCACGCCAAGCAGCUCAUUGAACGCUACGAGCCCUCAGAAACAGCUAAGCUGCUGAAUGCCAUGACAUUUGAUGGCUUCUUGAUGUACCUUGGCUCAGCUGAGGGCUGCAUCUUCAACCCACAGCAGCGGGGUGUGUACCAGGACAUGAGCCAGCCGCUGUGCCAUUACUUCAUCUCCUCCUCCCACAACACCUACCUAAUGGAGGACCAGUUCCGAGGACAGAGCAGCGUGGAAGGAUACAUCAGGGCUCUAAGUCGUGGCUGCCGGUGUGUCGAAGUGGACUGCUGGGAUGGCACCAAUGGGGAGCCCAUUGUCUAUCACGGACACACUUUCACUUCGAAGAUACUCUUCAAGGAUGUGGUCAAUGCAGUGGGCAACUAUGCUUUCAAGGUAUCAGAAUAUCCAGUCAUCUUGUCCAUCGAGAACCACUGCAGUGUUGAGCAACAGAGAGUCAUGGCCCAACACCUCAACCGCAUCCUCGGUGACAAGCUGCUGAAAAGCACAUUGGAUGGCAAGGCCCCCAUCCGUCUGCCAUCUCCUGAGGAUCUGAAGGGGAAGAUUCUGCUGAAGGCCAAGAAAAUUGGUGGACUGGAGGAGAGUUUCAAUGGGAUGGUGGAAGACUCUCUUACUGGGGAGGUCAGCGAUGAAGAUGAGGUGGCUGAAAUUGAUGAAGAUAACCUCCACCGGGAGAAAGGGACUAAAAAAUCAAAACAGCGUCUGUCCAAGGAGCUGUCCGACUGUGUUGUCUACUGCAAAAGUGUCCACUUCAGCAGCUUCAAACACUCCCGCAUCCACUCCAAGUUCUACGAAGUGGCCUCUUUCACAGAGUCCAAAGCCCGCAAACACCUGAAAGAGGCCGGGGCCGAGUUUGUGCACCAUAACUCACGGCAGCUGACCAGGGUUUAUCCCAGUGGCUUCCGAACUGAUUCCUCCAAUUUCAAUCCUCAGGAAAUGUGGAAUGCUGGGUGCCAAAUCGUUGCAUUGAAUUUCCAGACCGCUGGGGAAGCAAUGGAUCUGAAUGAUAGCCUGUUCGGUCAGAAUGGCCGCUGUGGAUACAUCUUGAAGCCCAGUUUUAUGAGAGAGGUUGAGAAAAGAUUUGACCCUGAGAUGCCCCCAAAACGGGAUGGUUACCAACCUUUUUCAUUGAGAACUCUAUAUUUGUCUGUAUUUUUUAAGGUGAUCAGUGGCCAGCAGCUGCCAAAAGUCAACAUCAAAGAGGAUUCUAUAGUGGAUCCUCUGGUCCGGGUGGAGAUCCAUGGAGUUCCCAUGGACCAGGCCAAGCAGGAGACCAGAUACAUUGAGAACAAUGGGUUCAACCCUGUGUGGUACGACACUCUGCGCUUCACCAUCCACACUCCUGAGCUGGCCAUGGUGCGUUUUGUGGUGGAGGACUAUGACAAAACAUCUAAAAAUGACUUUGUGGGGCAGUAUACUCUUCCUCUUAGCUGCAUGCAGCAAGGUUAUCGUCACAUUCACCUUUUAUCCAAAGAUGGGACCAGUAUUCCUCCCUCCUCCUUAUUUGUACACAUCAGGAUCACAGCACUGAAAUAA